CGGCAUUCUGUUAGGACAUGUAGGAUUCGGUCUUCAGCCUUCAUCAAUACAACUGAUGUUAAUGUAACGGUGAUACUACCGAUUGGGGGCAUGCGCGUACAUGUCCGUGUCAUCAUGGGAAGCUGCAGGCAACUUCUCCAUAUGCAUCUUCGUCACAAAAUCAUGGUUGUAUGGCAACGAGUAUUCAACGGUGAUGCUGGUGCUCAUGAUGACGGCAAGGAGUGCCUGAGUCUUUUGACAAAGCAAACGGUCCUUCGGGCCACUAGAAUCCAGCGACACGAGGCUCCUGAUGAGCAGUUCGGCGAGGUCCCCACGAAAGCCACGGUCCCAUCGGACUGA